GCAAAUAUCAAGUCAAGUUGUGUUUUCAACUCUUCGUCUUGAAAAUGAAGAAAAUUUUGGUUUUUCUCUUACUGUCCAUAUUUGUAAACGGUGCAGUCAGUCAGAGACUAAAGACGUACAAUGUCGAUCCAUAUUCCAUAACAGUUUCUGGUUUUUCUUCUGGCGCAAUGAUGGCCACUCAGUUCCAUUUUGCGCAUUCAAGUAAAAUUGCUGGUGCCGGAAUCAUUUCUGGAGUGCCCAACUUAUGUGCUGCAGAUGGUAAAGAUGCUGUAGAUUUCUGUCUUUUCAAUCCAACUGCAGUGAAUGUUAGCUUUUUAAUUGAGCAAGUAAAUGACCUGGCGAAUCGUAAUCUAAUCGACUCAGUUGCUAACAUUGCAGGUGACAAAGUGUUCAUUUACCAUGGCACAAAAGACACUGCAAUUCUUCCAGCUUCGGGACAGAAUGUACUAACAAUGUACACUAACUAUGGCGCAGACAUUGAAACUGAAUUUACCAUUCCUUUUAAACAUGGCUUUCCAACGAUGAAAAAUAUCGGAUAUGAUGGAGCAUUCCACAUGUUGAAUCAUUUGUACGGUGGAAUGAUUUUGCCAGCAGACGAUGCUGGGAAUUUUACAAAUCUUUUGACUUUCGAUCAGUCUGAAUUUUUUGCACUACAUCCGAUUUUAUCCAGCAUGAGCACUAGCGGACUUAUUUACGUUCCAACAGCGUGUCGUAACGGCGAAAGGUGUAGACUUCACAUUAUGUUCCAUGGAUGUUUCCAAAACAGAGGCACUAUCGGAAAUACGUUUGCCUCCACAAAAGUCGACAUUAUGGGAGUAGCUGAAGUAAACAACAUUAUUGUUUUGCUACCUCAAAUUUCUGCUGUGCCUUUUAUUAAUCCAUAUGCUUGUUGGGAUUGGUUCGCUUAUCUUGACGAUAUGUACGCUACUCGAAAAGGUCAACAAAUUUAUGCUGUCUACCUUAUGGGUACUCGAGUCGUUGCAGGGUAAAAACUAUUUUAAUUGUAAAUAAAAUAAAAUUCCAGAAAAAUGUUUAAUUCCGUUGACUGAUGAGGGUCUUACGAAUGAUAAACACUCUAAAAUGUUCACUACUAUGAUCGAAAAUGAAUGUGUGACCAAGAACCUUAAAUACAUGAAAAUAUUUGUCACACUUUGUUCAU